UCUGGAAACCACUCUUCCAUCCUCGGCACCAGAGUGGCGCACACCGCCGUGCACAUCUGAGCAGGAGCGCGCCUUUGAAGAUGCUCGAUUGUCAAGACACAGUCAUUGACUGAGUGGAAAGCCUGCUGUCCAGUCGGCACCAUGAUCGCCACCGGGGGCCUGCUGCGCAUGAACCGGCGCCAGGACUCCCUCCGAUCCAAAAACCGGGCGGAAAACAAGCGGAAGCGGAAAUCCAAGAAAAAAAAGAAGAACGAUGUGGUGGUGGUGAAGGGGAAGCUCAAUCUCUGCUCUCCGGCUGGUUUUGUGGCCGCCGUGGGCGUGGCGGUUCUCGUGGUGGGGAUUACCAUGGCGGUACUGGGCUACUGGCCCAGCCAGAGCCAGCAGGAGUACCAGGAACGCCGGAGAACGGGAGCUUCACACGGCAGCAGGACGAACUCCAAAAGUCCACCCGCGUCCACCAACGUGACCCUGGAUAAGCUUUCCUCUGGCCAAGCGAAUGCGUUCAACCACAGCCAGUCCAACAGCAGCGUCUCCGAACCCUCGUCCCGCUGCGGCUUCCUCUGUGACUUCCUGGAUAACUACCUGUACUCAGACAAUCUCAAGGUCUUGGGACCUCUGGUGAUGGGAAUUGGCAUUUUUCUCUUUAUCUGUGCCAAUGCCGUCCUCCACGAAAACCGAGACAAGAAAACUAAAAUCAUUAACCUGAGAGACAUUUACUCCACGGUCAUAGAUCUGCACAGCAUUCGCUCGAAGGAAUACUCGCCUCUGAACGGCCUGGUGAACUAUUCUCAGUCCAGGAGUGCCGAGGACUCGUCGGCAUCGUUCCCGGCCAGCGGGAUGCUCACCCGCAGCUCCUGGCCUUCCACCGGACUCCAUUUGAAGGGGGAGUCCAGCUCAGAUGAAGUAUUCAGACGCGCCUCGUUGGCCAGCAGGCCGCGCAGCUGGUCCAGAGACGUCCAGACCUUCACGGACACCGUCUACAGCAUCUACAAAGACUACAGCAAUAGCAGCGAGCAGGCCCCGCAGCCGCGGCAGUGGGAGACCACCUCCAUCGUCACCUCCUCCGUGAACGCUUUCACCCUCCCCGUGAUCAAACUCAACAACUGUGAAGUGCAAGAGUCUGGGGGAGCGGGGGCGGAGCGACGUUCGGAGGAAGGAGCUUCCGCUUCUGAGGCCGCUGCUGAAAACCUCGCUGAGGAAGGACAGACGAGCAGCAGACAGGCCGACGAGAUGGGUGGCGAGCAGAGGGAAGCGGUGAUGAUGUGCUCCCCGCCUCCCCAUCUGAGCCAGGACGACAUAAGCACAGAGACAGUUAAUCAACGGGAGGUGUUGCAGGCUCAGCUGUUCCCCCACGUACCUGUUGCUACGGCGAUGGGGUCAAACAUGUCACUCCACUCCCUCACGGAUCAGCCGAGGCUGGCGCGCCGCUGCAGCCUCACGGUGUCGGGGGGUCGUCAAGGUGACAGAGCCAGGCGUUUCAGCUGCCCCCGUCUGGAGCGCUCCAACAGCAAGGGCUACAUCAAACUGACUGAUCUGGGGGGCGAGUCCUUCGAGGCCCCCGACACGCACUCUUCUUCAGCGGCAGCGGAACAGGAAGCAGCCGGCACGGACGCAGCGGCGGCGGCAGAGGAAGGAGCUCAGGGAGAGGAAGACCUGGUGACGCCCAGCACCUCUACAGAAUCCUAGACUUUUCUUUUUUUUAGCUGAAGAGAAACUCUGACAUCUUGUUCUUUGCUUCGUACCUUCUCCUGCGAUCGGUGACGAGUAGCCGGUCACGAAACAGGAAAGGAAACACAAAGAGCAAGCAACUAAGGACUAUCGAAACAUAGCCAUGAACGCUCCGGAGCGACGCUCUUUAUAAAUAAAUCACAUCCACUGCUCAACAUCCAGAUGUAAUUUUUCUAUAUUUUCAAUGUAGCAGGAGCAAUACUAAAGACUUGAAGGGAGUUUUGGUAAAGAUUUGUUUAAAAAGACAAAGAAAAAGACUAGGAAAUCCAGUGUGAUGAGUUUUAACAUGUUUUUUGUACAAGAGUAGGGCAAACAUUGUAGCUUGUACACCUGCCAAAACUCUCACUGAGACCCGCCGUCCGACGUGUUGUACUGUAGCAUCUCACCAAUGCCGCAGAAAACUAACUAGUCUAGAUUUGUUUGCUCUUCAUAGUUCUGUGAAUACCACGUGGAUAGGUGAACUGAACUGAAUCUCAGGUAGAAGUUUGGUUUAGGACUGAGACCGUAAGGACGAGGUCUUCCCUACAUGUGCACAGGUGUUUGUUUAAAACAUGCGUGGUUGAAUAAAUCUGACUGUAACACCUCUGUCGGGUCAAGUGAGUGUCCUUGUGUGCUAUUAGACUCAAUGCAGAACAGGUUGCUUGCUCAAAAUACUCUUACUUAUGGCAUGGAAAUUUGAAAUAAAAA